CAAAAAAUCAAAAUGGACGAUUUGUUUGGCGAUCUCCCUCCACCUUGUAAUAUAGAAAAUAGAAUCUGCUUGAUGUCUUAGCUUUUUAAGAUGCACAAAGUAACACUUUUCCCUUUUUCUUGUAUUUUCAGCGAGUGGAGGUGAUACUUCGAGCUCGGCGGGAAAUCUAUAUGAUGAUCUUCCGGCCACCGAAAGUAGAAACAACAAAAGAAAACUUGACGAUUGUGAAGACGACGAAGUGCCGGCUAAAACAUCUGCCCUGCGUAAGAUAAUGAACACUUUUUUCUUAGUUUUAAGAUAUAAUCUAGGUGUUUAGGCUGUAGAUUUAUUAAAGGGUGAGUUGGGGACGUACCAUUUAGUGUCAGCACCUCCACUGUACUGUGUACUCCCGGCCCGCUAAGGAUGACUUGAAUAUUAAACCCUCAAAUACUUGUCGGCGCCCUUUGAACAAUGGAAAUCGAAGGGUUCGUUCUUUGUAAGCAUCUUUGAAAUUUUUGUGUCCAAAGGGUCAAAAUUCCAAACCCCACUAUUCGAAAACACGUCAUCCUUUAUUAUAGGGGGGAGGUGGGGGGGGAGGGGGUAGGGGGGUUGCGGAUAGAAAAUGGAACACUCCUGUGAAACCACUUUCAUCCAUUGAUUUGCUGUGCUAUAUUUUCUGCUGCCUUAUGCCCAUGCCAGGUGCUUCUUGGACUUCUCGCAUAUUUGGCAGUGGUCCUGGCACAAGGUAGCCUGCGAAAACAUCCGUUUCUCCUCGCUCUUCGCCGCUGUGAACGUUUCGCGCAGAGGAACGUCUGCGACUCAGUGGCAGAAAUUCCAUACUGAUGACGCAAAUCAAUGUUUACAUAAUAAAUCCGAUAGUCAUGGGGUUCCAAAUACAAAUUUGUCCAGUUUUAUGUGUCUUCUGGUCGGUUUUGGUGAAGUGUUGUGUGCUUCUGACAACGAGCUCCAGCAAAACUCAAAUACUUCUUCUAGAGAAGACUAUAUUCCACAAAUAUUGACUGUUUUGUUAGAGAUACUUCGCGUUUACAUUUGACCUUUGUGGCCUUUUGUCUUUUGUCUCUCAUUCGUAGUCAAUAGCUAAAACAAUGUAACUACUCCGUCGAAAUCCGUCGAAAUCCGAAAACAGAUUUCACCUCCGAGAAAUCCGUCCUCAGGGUGGAUUUCAAUUAAGAAAUCCAAAUCCGGAUUUCAUGGAUUUCCUUUUUACCGUUCGAUUGGGAAAUCUGAAAAAGGAUUUGCAAAACUAUUCUCGCGAACAGUGGUCUUCUUUUUGCUAAGAAUGCGUGCGCAUGCAAGACCGUUGUUCUUAAGGACAGUUUUUCAAAUCCUUUUUCGGAUUUCCCAAUCAAACGGUAAAAAUGAAAAUCCAAAAACAGAUAUCUCAGCGCUGAAAUCCGUUUUCGGAUUUCGCGCUCAAUUGCAAAUCCGAAAUCCGGAUUUUAGAAUCUAAAUCCAGAUUUCCCAAUCGAACGCACCCAAAGCUAUCAAUCUGUGAGCCAUUUAUAUUUUUAGUUUCUGGAGAGUAUCCAGCACCAAUUAACACUGCCCAACGUUUUCCCACAGAGUCCAAAUAUAUACUGAGAGGCUUUGUUGCUGAAAGAAAAGGGGAAAGGUUUGACAUGCAAGAUGCACAUGUCAUCUGUGAUGAUUUCUUAGAAGAAUUUGACACUAAACCCACUGGAAUGUAAGCUACAUUUAUAUAUUUUUAUAAUAUAUUUAAAUAGUACUGGUAAUAACCAAGGGUUAAUAGGGAGUGUGGGCGACAACGAUCGGAGCUCCAAAUGCUUUUGCUCCAACGCUGUGCUUUGUGUAAGUUUCACAUGACAGAUGAUCAGAACACGCGUGAUCAGAUUAUGAGGGGUAGAAAGUAGAAAUGUGAGUGAUCAAAUUACAUUUUGUGAAUUCCAUUCAUUCUUAGUGGAAGUCCAACUGAAUAUUAGCUACAUACGUGUGACGCAUGCAUAUUAACAACCUGGAGAUUAGGACUAGUGCGGGCUGCUCUUUUUACCUGCAAUCUAAGGGUUGGGACAGGCAAUAUUCCAAAAACAUUUCUAGAGUUCACUAUUUUGAGAGUGUGAGACUCACUGCUGAAACAUCUAUAUUGGGUGACCUGUGGCAUAACAAUUGGUUAAGUCCCAAGGGCCACAGAUAGCCCACAUUGCAUUAUCUUUAACUGUAUCCUGGUUUGUGUAGCUUGAAGAAGUAGUGUCUCCUGGAUGAAAGAAUCAUUCAGCCCUACUAUUGUGAAUUUUCAUGAAGUUCGAAAUAAAGUCAGAAAGUCAAUGCCAUCAGAUUAGAUUGUCUCACUGGAAAAAUACACUGUGGACUCCAUUUUAUCCGCUUGUUUAUGUAUGUUGUAAGAAGGCUUUCUGUUUACUGUACCAGUUGUUUUGGAUCUUUGACACUUGCUACCCACUGCCCAGGGGCCCCACUCACAUAUUUUAAUGACGGGGGGUUCCGACAGAGGUUCAUAUUUUAUACCCAAAAAAAUCCCAACUUCAGAAUUUGUCUACCCAAAAAAAUCCCUACUUUUUUUAGCAUAUCCAAAAAAAUCCCUCAGUGGUUUUGCAUCAGCAAAUUUUUUUAUUUAUCUUCUGGAAAGCUAAAACAUGCCAACUUCAACUUUGGUUUUGGUAAAAAACAAAACUAUAAAUUGCGUUUAUGUUAUUGUUGAUUUGAGCUGAUGAAAAAUACAAUACCCAAAAAAAUCCCUGUGUUGUUUUCGCGACCCAAAAAAAUCCCUGUUGGCCAAAAUGUCAGACCCCAAAAAAUCCUUCGGACCCCCCGUCAUUAAAAUAUGUGAGUGGGGCCCGUGGGACCCACUGACACUGGGGAUCUUCUGGCAAAUCCUUUUUACAAAUGAAUUUUAUGAUUUUUUUGAGAAUGAUCUGUCUGUACUUUCAGAUCAAGGAUGUGUUACUAUGGUGUCUUUGAUGGCCAUGCUGGUCCCAGGGCAGCUCAGUUUGCUGCUGAUCAUUUACACAAGAACAUUAUUCUCAAGUUUCCAAAAGGUUGAUGGUAAAUACUAUAGAUAAUGACUGGUCUCUUUAAGAAAUCAUUUAAUAUAAUGAAAGCUACAUUCGUAAUAAUGAAGUCAGCACUUUUCUAUGGUGCAAUUUAGUAUACUGUAUAAGGAUGUGCAUGGUUCUAAGACUAACUUUCUCAGGGUGUCACAAUUGUGCUGUCUGAUGGCCUGAGGUUAGUGGAGCUGUUACAGGUCAAAAUUAAAUUCAGGUUUAAAUAUUAUUUUUUAACCUAGGUUGAUUCUCAAUUUCCUUUGUCUCCUAGCCCCAGGUAAUUAGUCAUGAUUUAGGUCUAGAAGGCAAAGAAAAUUAUUGAGAAUCAACUUAGGUUAAAACAUUUUGACCUGUAACAGAUCUACCCAUCUUGCAAGCAUGUUUUUAUUGCAGUUCAUUUGAAAGGCAAGCAGCAGUUGUCAAGUUAAAGUAAAUUUAAGUUAAAAGGGGGGCUGAUAGGCUGGGCUAGUAAACUUCCACAGUAGCUUGCCUCAAGGGCAAGCAAUUUUUUAAUUUUCAUCUCACCCAGUUUCUUUAUUUUUGGUAAAAUUUACAGGUUAAACAGUUAGAAUAAUAAUUGUAUACUGCAUAGUAAAACUUCUUAACUAUUGUCUUAUUUGUGGCUGUAUUGUGAAUUUUGUGUGUACAUUCAAGUUAUUUUCUAUUCUUCUGUGUAUUCUUCAACAUUUUCAGGAGAAACAACCAACAAAGACAGAGAAAUAAAAAAGUGUAUGACAGAAGCUUAUAAAAAGACUGAUGAUGAGUUCCUACAAGAGGCUUCCAAAGCGUAAGUAUCAGCGUGGAUAUAACAAUUUACUGAAAGUACUGAAAAAAUGUGUUCAUUUAUUAUUACCGUCAUGUCUAGUUGGUGAAUUAUAUAAAAAAGUAUCCUUCUGUUAUGAAUCUGUAGGAAAUGACAAGUGAAAUAUGUCACUGGGUAUAUUUAGUAAUUUGUACCGUACCAAAGGGAGCUAAGUCUUCUCAUUAGCAUCUGUGUCCAUUUUAAAGUUUAAGGGAAUGUAUCAAACCCAGAUGGUAUUCUUGGGACCCAAAGAACAGUCUCUCAUAAAGAAUAAUUAUUGUGAGUUAUAUGUAUAGAGAUGUCUAUUUUUCCUCACAAAAUUUUUUGAUGUUCACUUAGAUCACCAGUAUGGAAAGAUGGUUCCACUGCUGUCACAGCAUUAGUUAUGGAUGAUGUGUUAUAUGUAGCCAACCUUGGUGAUAGCAAGGUAUCACUACAUCAUUAUUAUUUUGUAACUUAAACUAGAAAUAACCAAAGGUUAGGGGUUUCAGGUGAGAUACGUCAAAGGUCAAAGUGCCCUUAUACCCUCGGUGCUGUGUUUUGUGUAAGCUUCACAUAUAGAAUAUCAAAAUGCAGGUAAUCAGAUUACAUGUGAUAGAAGACCCAAAUGCACAUGAUCAGAUUGCGUUCAAUGCAUUCCAUACAUUCGUAGUGAAAGUCCAAAAAAAUGUUGGCGAUAUAUGUGCUGCUUAUGUGUAACUGGAGAUCAGGAUUACAGCCUCUUCUGUUCCCUGCAGUAAUAUUAUUAAUAUUUCAUGACACCUUGUAAUUUAUGAGAAAGCAGCAUGUUUUGUCCAAAGGGAACUGAGACUACUAAUCUGCAAUGAGUUUCCAAGAAAAUCUGUUGGUAAAUUCCUCAAGGAUGUUGUGUUGUACUCUGUUGUGACGAUUUCAGUAUAGGCAUUUAAAAAAAUAUAUGUUGGUGGUGAUCGAAUUCUGUUACACUGAAGUUAAGUUUUAGUGGAGAUCAUAGCAGGUGUUUUUUGUUCGUUUGUUUAUUUGAUUGUUUACCCUCUAGGCACUGCUUUGUCGAUGUAGGGAUGAUGGUAAAAUUUCAGUAGUUUCCCUAUCCAAAGAUCACUCGCCUUCUCAGGUAAGAACGAAGAAGAAUUAUACCAUUUCUUUUUGAAAUAGUGGCAAGUUCCUGUUAAAACAUUGAAAAUAAAUACGCCCUGAAAAGUUACGACUUUUAAUAAAACCAACUCAGGACUAAUUAAGGCUAAUGACAAUUGAGAUAGAUUUUAAUAUAGUAAUAGUCUUUUUUACUCACAUUCACAGUACGAGGAGAGGAUGAGAAUUCAAAAAGCUGGAGGAAAUGUCAGGUUAAUUCCAUUUUUUGAAAAUUCCUUUUAUUCCUACUGUCAUAUAAGAAUAAAAUUAAAAUAAAAGCCACGGAUGCACUGUCAGGCGCCUUCUUCAGGUACACAGCAGUGAAGAGGCGAUUGUCCCUAACUCUUUUUGGGAUUGCUUUACAAUAUAUAAUCUUUUGGCAAUGGUAAAUUUGACUUGAAUACUAUGCAGCAAGCAGCAGGUUUUUGUUCUGUCGGUGGAUUUACAUACCCCAUAACGGGUAAGGUCCGUUCCUCUUAACCCUCCAAGCCCCAAUAUCCACAUACAAAUUCUCCAUAUUGAUCGUCAUACAUUCCUUUAAUAACUUAAAAGAAUUUGAUAAAAGAUCAAAGCAUUUUCCUCUAAGUGAUCAUUUUGUUAACUCUCUUAACCUUUUCUUUUGAUUAUUUAUUGUAAGGAGAAAAUUGAUCUUGGUCACCAUUGAUGAUAUUCUAAGCCACUUAAGCUAUUUUAGUUGCGCAAUGUGUACGUUUCGUGGAAGUUUUAGUGACAAGAAAUAUGUGGAGAAGUUGACGAGAGGGUUUGAUCACGGAUAUGCACCGCGCCAAAAUGCGGUGUAAUACGAUGAUACGAUGUUUUGAGCGUUUAUUGUUGUUCACCGUUAGGGAAGGCCGUGUUCUCGGUGUAUUGGAGGUUUCUAGAUCCAUUGGAGAUGGCAGAUUCAAGAGAUGUGGAGUAAGCUGUGUUCCUGAUGUCAUGAGAUGCACAAUCACUGAUAAUGACAGGUAUUAAGUGGCACACCAUAAGAGUGGGACCGGAACACAAGUAGUUUUGUUAUCUUCAUGAAGGACAUCAAUGUGAAGAUUUUAAAGGUCGUCUUUCCCCGUGAAAUUUUCGAACCCGCUCUCCCAAAAAAUUUGUUCGAGCUGCGAUUCUUUCCUAAUACUGUUUUAGAGUUAUAAUAGAUCACUGUUGUUCUUUAGGUUUCUGCUGUUGGCUUGUGAUGGUCUCUGGAAAGGUUUCUCCGUAGAUUCUGCGUUAAAGUUCAUCAAAAAUAUUUUGGAGGUAACUUGCAAAUCAUUUACUUGUGACUGCUUCAAAACAUUCGUACUAAUCAAUUCGUCCGGAGGAAGCUAGCGUACAAAAUGUCAGUUCUUUUCAAUCUUUUUACGUUAGUAUAACAUUGUCUUCAACUCCGUUGAUAAAUUUGCAUUUUCGUGUUUCUCUCACGCACCAACGCUGCCCAAAUGCUUAGCUUUCUUUGCGCUUAGCGCUUGUUUGUGUCCCGUUCUCGCUCGGCUCCUGAUACCACACUCGCUGGUAACCAUGGAAACGUCUUUGUAGGAGGAAGCACUUGUAAUUUUACUGUAAGGCAGGAGGUUGGAGGUGUCCUGAUAUCCGGGCCUAGGUCCCCGGGGGGUCCUCUACGGAAUUCUUGGUGAGGGUGUGCCGCCCGGUUCUCCAAAUCCUGACCCUAUUUUAGACCAAAAAAUGUCACUUUUCACACCCGUUUUCAGACUUGGCCUCUAAAACCCACACCUAUUCUCAGACCUGGCCUUCAAGAAUUGUGUCAUCAUUACUUAGAUUAGAACAGCAACAAAAUUGGAAUUUGCAUAUUUCUCUUUCUUUCUUCCCAUUUGAAAUUGAAACAAAAAAUACGUUCGUACACUCCCGUAGUUCCCUUGAAACCAUACAUGUACCCGAUUCCAGAUUCCAAAUGGGCAAAUUCUACACCCGUUUUCAGACCAAAGCGGCGCAAAUCCCUACCCUUUAGGGUGGCACAUACCUCAAUGGCUUAUAUAGGGGAGUACCUGCCCCCCCUGGGGAGGCCUAGGCAUUCUCGUCAUAGUGAAUAAUUUAUUUUGUUUCCUUUUUCUUUUUGAUAGAGUGAGGAGACUGAAGAAAGUAUUCAAAAAGCUGAAAAUGGUAUGCUUUUGAUUUCAAUGAAGGUUAAUUUAAGACUUGUUAAUAGCUCGACGUUUACAGUUUCUAUCUCAUUCUAUCGAAGUUCCUCAGUAGUGUUCUUUAAUUCCGUCGUCCCGACCCAAAAUUUCCCUCAAUCCCGUAAUCCUGAUGGUGGUUUGGCACCCUCAUCCCCCGCACACUUUCAAUCCCGAAUCUCGCCGCGAUUUUGCGGUAAAAUCCCGAAUCCUUCAAAUUUGGCCAAUCCCGGAUACAACGUUAGAAGGAAGACUCAACUGAAGCACAUUGACCCACAGGCUCCCCAGGCUCUAUAUGGAAGUUCGUUAAAAUUUUUAAGUACAACUCGAAAUCUAACAUACGAUAAAACGGCCUCUAAAGGGCUCCAGAAGCGAACAGACCGUAAAACACACAACACAAACACAAGCUGAGUCAUUUUUAUUGUGAAUUUUUUUUCCAAAGAUACAAUUUAGAUCGUAUUUUGUUUAUUUUCGUACAUUCUCUUAUAAAAUUCAAAUUCCAACGAACUCACAUGUGGAGUCUGGGCCGCUUGUGAUUGACCAUGAAAACAUUUUUUGGCCCGCUAAUAAAAUGAUACGGGGAUCAUUGAAGGCUUAUAAGUUUGGUAAUCUUCAACAUCAUGAGUUUUUCGUCGUUAGUCUUACCUAGUCACCCCUCCCUUCGUUUAUCUUUUCAUCCCCUGACCGGUAUGGUAUGAAGGCUUUGUCUCGCCCUUGGCGCUAAAUUACAACUGACAGUUAAUUACGUGUUUUGAAAGCUUAGUCAUCGUUAUGAGGGAAGCUUCCAGGUUUUUUUAAAACUUUUGGUUGCAUAAAUAAUUGAACUGAAAAACUUUUGACUGUUGAAUCAAUGGAUGACAAGUUAUGAUGUUAAGGAACUGCUUUCUCAUUUGCAGGUUCGGAAGAUGUCGAAACUGACCCAAUGGCUGUGCGGUUCCAGAAAGCGUGUAACAAAGUCGCAAGUGAAGCUGUCAGAAAUGGAAGUUCGGAUAACGUGACAGUAAUGCUAGUGUCAAUCACACGACAAUGA